GUGAUUAUGUAAACAAAAACAGAGCAGACGGAGAUAAAAAUGGGCUACAAUGUUCUACUUUUUGUGCCAAAUGUUAUAGGUUAUUUUCGACUGUGUUUGUUUGGAGCCAGUCUUCCCUUCUUUACUGAGCCAGGAUGGUUUUUAGCUCUCUAUGGAACUUCUGUAGCCCUUGAUGGAUUUGAUGGAUAUUUUGCAAGGAAGCUGAAUCAGACAUCAAGAUUUGGAGCAUGGUUUGAUGUUGUCAUUGAUUUAAUCAGCAGAGGAGGAUUAUGGUGUCUGCUUUACAAGUUUGGAUAUUUCAUGAUACUUGUGGAAUGGUUAACAUUUACUGCGACCCAUACUCGAGGAGCUAACUGGAAAAUCCCAGAUGAAGAAUUUCCUCAUCUCUGCAAAUUAGUGAUGGCAAAAGGUUUUAAAACUCCUUUAGGAUUUAUAGCUAUAUCAGGUGUACAUGGUCUACCUAUAGCUUUAUACUGUCAGCAGUCGAGUUUAUUUCAGUUGUUUCCUGUACUGACUCCCACUGUUUUAUACCCAAUCAUCAUCUUCCUUGUUAUCGGGAGAAUCCUAGCAUUUAGAGUUGAGAUCUUUUAUAUACAGAGCCACAUAAAAGGUUUACUCUUGGAGGAAGAAAAUUCCUAGAAAAAAAGACUUGGAUUACAAUUGUGUACAAGUUGUAUUGCCAUUGACAAUCAUUUUAGUACAUAUAUAAAAUUACAAGUAUAUUAAUUUUCCCCAUAAAUUAAAUAUUAAAAGAAAUCCUUUUUUAUUUUAAUGAGCUCAACCAAACAUUGUUCUACUGGUACAUGCAAUAUAUUCUUUCCAUUUUUAAAUUGUUUAUAUGGUAUAUGGUUUGUGAAUACAUUUACAAUUUUUACAAUAACAGGGUAUUAUAUGAUAAUUUCAUUUUUGGAUUAAGGGUUUAUUCAAUUUUUGGAUUCAUUGUUUUAACAUUUUUAUUGGAACACAUAUAUUAUAUUCAUUUAUUAUAUUU